AUGUCCUAUUCACCACCGUUUAACAAUUCAAAUCCUGUUAAGAACUCAGGCAAUCUACAUAUUUAUUAUGCCAAUAAACCAUUUAAACAUUGGAAAAAGCGAUGGCUUCAAUUACAAGAUCAACAAUUGGCCAUUUAUCAAGACUCACUCUAUAAACGUUUGGAAAGAACAAUCAAUAUUAAUAACUAUCGUGUAUCAAUUACGAAUUCAAGUGAUUCAAUCUCGCACAAAGGAUAUUCUUUUAAAUUGUAUGACCCGAAUGCAACAAGUACUAAACCGAUCUACCUGGCUGCCGAUAGCAAAUCGUCGAUGACACAAUGGAUCAAUGCUCUGCGUCUUUCAGCUUCGUUAACCAAUGAUGUUCUUGUCGAUCCUUAUUUUGAUUCUAAUUUACAUUCAAUUGAUACCAAUCCUGAAUCGGAUUAUAAUGGUUGGAUGAAGAAUAACGGUUCAAGAUCACAAUACAGAUCGUAUAAACCAGCGAUGCCCGUUGCAGCCACGUCCACCUUAAACGAACCAAAUCGAUUUCUAGGCACCUACGAAGAUGAGGAAGAUCCCGAUUAUAAUAAUCGUUGGCACAACGCACAUACUUCCUCACCCUCGUCUUAUCCUACCAACGCAGGUAAUGGUAGUAAUGGUGUUAUUCAUCAAUCGUCGUCGGCAACGAUGGGUUCAUGGGGCUUUGACGUUAAUCGCUCAGCAAACGGACACACACCGCUAUCAUUUACAUCAAACAACAAUCAUAACAACAAUGAUCAUCGUCCCACCACGAGGACAUCAAGACGAAUAGAUGAAUUGACAGAGGACUAUAAUGAACGUCUUAUAGAUAGAUCAACUCCUCCUCAACGAUUCAAAUUACGAACACCGACAUUGACGAGACAUCGCGAAGGAAACGACUUUGCUGUUGUCGAUCGUCUUGUUCUUGGACCCAGUCGAGUUGUUCAAUCAGACUUCUAUCCAACAAACGAUUCACCUCGACAUCAAUACAUGUCUCCAGCAACUCGAUCUCGACAAUCAUCAACGCGAUCAAUCUUACGUCGACGAUCCAAAUCAAUUGGCGAUUUCGCAACACCCACUCUCAGUACAUCGCCCCCUCCUCAAUCUCAUCUUGCACAAUCUUAUCAGCAACAAUAUCAAUACCAUGAUCGACCUCGAAUAAGUUCAAAUAAUCAUCCGGGAACAUAUACUGAACAUGAAUUAGUAGCUUGGCAAAAUCGUAUGCUGGAAAGAGAUCAACGUGUAGGAAAUAAUCAGAUAACCCGUCCACCUGCAUACAAUAACGGUUGGACACAAUCGCCACGAAUGACUAGUAAACGAGGCGGAUUCAAUUCUUCUCAAUCACCAAACCGUCAAAUGCCUGUAUCAACUCGACCAGUGUCGGUUAUGUCAAAUCUAAGUGGUAGUCAACGAUUCGAAAAUGAUCAUUAUGAGCCCGCAAUGAAAUCUACGAAGAUUGUCAAACGAUAUGUUGAAUUACUCAAUCAUAUCAUUACUUUUUAUGAGAAAAUAACUGAUCAAUUGUAUGGUGGAAGUGGUUUUCUUAAGAAUAGUUCAUCGACUCAACAAUCGGUUUUUCUUCAGCAUUGUCGAAAGAUCUCCGAACAAUUGCAGCGUUCGAAACCCACGUGGGAGCGAAAAAUGAUCGAUCUUCAACAUUUACUUAAAGAUAUGUCAACAUAUGAAUGGUCAAGAAUGCAUAGUGAGACAACAUUCCUACAACGUCGUUCAACUUUAAUUAAUUUAAUACAAACAUUGAAUGCCCGCAAAGAUCCAGAUGAAACUCAAUUAUCAAUUUUGAAUGAUAUCGAUCGAGUGCUUCAUGAAGAUAAACUAGCUGUUCAAUUACAAGAUGAACUAUCCACGUUACUCCAGCAUCACUCACUAUUGAAUGAUUUCACAUCGUUAUUUCAAUGGAAUCGGCAAAUCUAUUCUUCCAACGAACAAAAUCGUGUAGAAAAUAUCCUACCUUUAUUACGCGAACAAAUCACAACAACAGAUGGUUACGUAUCUCAUGUUAGUCAGCAAUUAACAGAUAUAGUGAAUAAUUUACGUUCGUUGGAACGAUAUAUUAUUUCACAUGUUAAUACAAUUCCAUUAUUUGAUGAAGGUAAUGCAUCGUUUCAUCGUAAUGGUAGUACGACAUGGCGUUCGCACAAUGAAACAGAUAUCGAUACUCUUAAAACAAGAAAUCAUUUAGAACGAGCGAAAGAUGAUUUUACACGUUCACCCCGUUAUCUCUCGCGACCAUUAAGUAUGCACACACCUAUUAAGCAACAGUAUCAGCUAAAUGGUAGUCCAAACUAUCGUAGUAAUAAUCAUAUGAAUGAUAAUUAUGAAUGGCAUGCUCGAAGUCCAAGUCCGAUAAAACCAAGGUCAGCGUCAAUGACACGUUACACUGAUUCAAGCGAGCCAGUUCGCGGUCCUUCAACUGAUGAUUUCGAUCGGGAUGGAUUACGAACACCAACGAAAUGGACACCAAGAAAAGCUAGUUUACAUUUGAAUACCAAUAAUAGUAAUAAUAAUAACAAUCCAACUGCAACGGCAACUACUGCGACACGUAUGGCUACCGUGAAAUCUGCACGACGUGAUCAAGGCAUUAUACCAAAUAGUAUUCUGAAACCGUAUCCUCAUACACGUACAACAAUUGAAACAAAGAAGGAUUUUGAUAUUGAUACAAUCGAUAAAGAAAUAUACCGACCGGAUAAGGUUGAUAUUCCCGAUCGAUUGAUUGAUUUUGGUAAUGAUGAUCGUAUGUUAACUCCCAAUGAACGUUUAGCAAAGAUGAAGAAAAAAGAAGAAGUUAGGAAAAUGCUUUCGAAACAAAGUAUACAAGAUAUCAAUGAACUCGAUUAUCAUGAAAUGCACAAUCAUUUCCCUUACCAUCAUCAACGAAUUGAUAAAGAACGUGAAAAGGCACUGAACUUACAAUCAGUACUUGCCGAAGAAGCGAAAGAAAAAAGUCGUCAGGUUGCAGCUAAACAUUAUUUGAAUAAAUCGUAUCAACAGCGCGCUACACGUUUGAAUACUUAA